AUGUGUUUGGAAGUUGUGAACCUGUUUGAUUGGGAAGGGGUAGGAGAGAGCCUGAAGAAGAAUUGGAAUCCGGACAUCUUUAGCAUCCAAGGGGAUGAUGAGCAUCGGGCAGACAAGCUGUUCGCUGCUUGGUACACCCCUGCACUUCACCCCGUUUCCAUCGCCGACUCCCAGUUCUGUCUGGGCACCCGCAGUCGCAUCCCCACCGGGCAGCCCCCUGCCACUCCACCAGGCGCGCCUAGUCCCAAGACAGCCGGGGAACCCUUGCGAAUCACAUCCGGAAAAGGUAUCGCCCGCGCGCCCCGAGCCCCUCCAGGCCAGAGGCUCCCGCAGGUGACGGCGGACGAGGGUGCGGGGGGCCUGGAAACCGCCGCGCGCCGGGUCACCGCGUCUGGGGCCCAAGAGGCUGGGGGACGCGGGUAUCCCGACGCCGCAGCUCGCCCCCGCCCAGGGACCGCCCUGCCUGCCCCGGAGGGCCGGGAAACGGCCUCCGCGGCCACUGGCCUGAGCCCAGAAAACAGUCUUUUCGGGGACGGGGCCCCAGAAACCUGUGGCGCAGAAGGGUGGGAGGCUCGGGCUGGAGCCGGCGGGAAGGCAGAGGAAGUGACGACUGGGGAGGGCGCCAUCUUCAUGGAGGAGGCGGAGCGGGAGGUGGGGAAGCAGCAUGUGGGAGAGGAGAUGGAGGUGGCCGAGAAGCUGGUGCGGGGGGAGAAGCUGGAGGUGGGAGCGGAGGCGCAGCAAGGCCCGGGGCCCCUGAACUUUGGUUGUCCAGUUGUGGACCCGCUGGCAGCCAUCCAGUGGGAGCUGGAGGCCGUUAGUGACUAGGCGGACAGGGCCUACCUGUGGCUGGAGCGCAGGUUUGGGCGCAUGCACCGGUUGCACCUAGCCCGAAGGAGCUUCAUCAUACAGAAUAUUCCUGGCUUCUGGGUCACCGCCUUCCUGAACCACCCGCAGCUGUCAGCCAUGAUCAGCCCCCGAGGUGAAGACAUGCUCUUCUACCUGAUGAAUUUGGAGGUGAGGGAGCAUAGGCACGCCAGGACGGGCUGCGAGUUCAAGUUCAGUUUUGGGGGCAACCCCUACUUCCGGAACAAGGUGAUAGUGAAGAAGUAUGAGUGCAGAUCCUCAGGCCGGGUGGUGUCAAUCGCAAGUCGCAUUUGCUGGCACUGGGGCCAGGAAACUCCAACUCUGCUACACAGGAACCGGGACACCGUCCGCAGCUUCUUCAGCUGGUUGUCACAGCACAGCCUCCUGGAGGCGGACAGGGUUGCCCAGAUUAUUAAAGAGGACCUGUGGCCCAACCCCCUGCAGUACUACCUGCUCUGGGAUAGGCCCCACAGAGCCAGGCAAGGCCUAGCAAGGUGGCCCACAGAGGCCCCUCCUAGGCCCUAUGGGUUCCAGUCUGGCUAAGUCCCGCCCUGGGACCUGGCCCCUACACAAGACUCCUUUCUGCUUCCUGGGGACUUGUGCUUAGGCCAGCCAUGGCACUCUGCUGUCUGCUUUCUGUUCCGUGUACUCUGACCCCUUUGGACUUCAGUGGACUCAGCUCCGAGAUUGUGGCCUUCAUGGCCAUGCUCUUCUGUUUCCAUGUAGGCUCCAUGCAUCACAUGACUGUCACAUGCCACAGUGUCUACCCAAGCACCCAGCGCUGUGGACAGGUACUACCAUCAUCUUCAUGGCCUAGACCUGUCUUUGAUCAUGGCCUUCCACCCAUUUUUUACAUGAGCACCCACAGGUCAUCACUAGGAGGACCAGUGCCUCUUUGAGGCCUACUCCUUCAAGGCCACAGCAUGCUGGGCUUCAUACUUAUGUUGACCCCACACCUGUCUGUGGCAAGCUGAGUCUUGUCACCCAAGAGGAAGUGGGUGCCUUUGGUCAGCCAGACUUGGACAUUCCAGGACCUCAGGACCACAGGCCAGGCUAGUGGACUGUUGGGCAUCUAGCAGAAUGGGCAUGGGGUGAGGUCAAGGACAUGAAGCAGUGGGCAAUGUAUUCUUUGUGAUCACACUACUCUUCUUACCCCUGUGUUGGUCCUACCUCCCGACCUGCUACUGACUUGCGAAGGUCUGUGUCCUACCCCUGUCUGGUCAUCGCCCUUCUCAUGAGUUUCUCCCACGUUGCCAGUGACCUUGUUGCCUGCUCCCAGGUCUAUAAGGACCUCAAGAACUGCCUGUGAACCCAGGUGGGCCACCUGCCAAUGCACAAGAGCUCCCAAACCCCCAGGAACUCUGCCACACUGUCAUAUCUGGGCAUGCACUUAAGGCAGGGGCAGUAAUGGGGUCCCUUCCAGAAGCCUACCUUCCUGAGUUCCAGUCACUGGACUCACACAGCACCCAACUCCCCUGUCUCCACUUGUUUUUAGGCUGCCAGCUUGGGGGUGCUGGAGAGGGGGUGUUUCUGGUCACGAGGCCUUUCUCCACUUGCCGAGAUCUCACGUUUCUUUUUAUUUUCUUUAAAGUGAUAGCUCAGAAACAAAAUAACUGAAGGAGCGAGGUUUUUUACAAACAGCUGAGGAGACAGGCUUUCUUGUUGAAUUUGCCUCUCUGAUUGUCUCUAGAGAGGGAGGGUUGUCCUGUAGCUUGGCAGAGCUCUCUUUGCCCCCUGCCCCCCUCAGCAACGGGGGACAGCACAGCGCCCCUGAGCAGAGACACCAGGAGCUCCGGGCCCGCAGGGGUAGCACAUUGUUUUGUUUCGUGCUGUGUUCUUGGAGACUAACUUCAGCUCCAACUCUACUUUCUUCUCCUUUCGCCGGGUCCAAACCCUCAUGGGAUCCUGUUGGUACAGGAGCUUAGCUGUGCCCCCCUCCGAAGACCCCCUAAGACAGUUUUUUGGGGCUGUCUCCAUCUCAUUUUGGGGGAGUGACCAUACCCAGGCCCCUUCCCAUGGAAGGCUUUGUCUUCUGCUCCCGAGGACCUGGGGAGGCCUUGACACAAAAUAAAGGCGGGGAGCUGCUCUCGGCAGGGCGUGCAAGAGAAGUUGGAGCCAGCUGGGGAGACAGGGACGGAGGAGGGCCUGCAAGGUGCAGGGAGGGGAGCCCCCGAAUCUCCCUAACUUUUUUGAUUCACCAGCUGAUCUUUUAAUUAAAAAAUUUUUUUUCCAUUUAUUUUUUAAAAUUUAUUUUUAUUUGAUUAUUCCAGUUUCUAAAAAUUUUGAUGGUCAACCCUAUUGAGGGAACUUGUAGACUUUUUAAAACAUCUUUAUUGCAGUAUAAUUGCUUUACAAUGGUGUGUUAGUUUCUGCUUUAUAACAAAGUGAAUCAGUUAUACAUAUACAUAUGUUCCCAUAUCCCCUCCCUCUUGUGCCUCCCUCCCACCCUCCCUAUCCCACCCCCCUAGGUGGUCACAGAGCACCGAGCUGAUCUCCCUGUGCUAUGCAGCUGCUUCCCACUAGCUCUCUAGUGGGAUAUAUAUGUCCAGGCCACUCUCUCACUUCGUCCCAGCUUACCAUUCCCACUCCCCAUGUCCUCAAGUCCAUUUUCUACGUCUGCGUGUAGAUUUUUUUUAACUUAAUUUUUAUUGGACUAUGGUUGCUUUACAAUGUGGUGUUAGCCUCCACUGCACAGCAAAAUGAAUCAGCCAUACACAUACAGAUAUCCCUUCCCUUUUGGACUUCCCUCCCAUUUAGGUUACCAUGCUGCAUUAGGUAAGAGUUCCCUGUGCUAUACUGUAUGUUCCCAUCAGUUGUCUAUUUUAUACAUAGUAUCAAUAAUGUAUAUGUGUCAAUCCCUGUCUCCCACCCCACCCCUUUCCCCCUUGGUAUCCAUACAUUUGUUCUCUACGUCUGUGUCUCUAUUUCUGCUUUGCAGUUAAGAUCAUCUAUACCAUUUUUCUAGAUUCCACAUAUAUGCGUUAUUAUACGAUAUUUGCUUUUCCCUUUCUGACUUACUUUACUCUGUAUGACACUCUCCAGGUCCAUCCAUGACUCUACAAGUGAUCCAUUUUUAUUCCUUUUUAUGGUUGAGUAAUAUUCCAUUGUAUAUAUGUACCACAUCUUUAUCCAUUCCUCUGUUGAUGGACAUUUAGGUUGCUUCCAUGUCCUGGCUGUUGUAAAUAGUGCUUCAGUGAACAUUGGGAUGCAUGUGUUUUUUUGAAUUAUGGUUUUCUCUGGGUAUAUGCCCAGUAGUAGUAUUGUUGGGUCAUAUGGUAAUUCUAUUUUUAGUUCUUUAAGGAACCUCCAUACUGUUUUCCAUAGUGGCUGUAUCAGUUUACAUUCCUGCCAACAGUGUGCAAGGGUUCCCUUUUCUCCACACCCUCUCCAGCAUUUAUUGUUUGUAGAUUUUUAAAAAUAAAUUUUAAUUAAUUAAUUAAUUAAUUUUUGGCUGUAUUGGGUCUUCAUUGCUAUGCGCAGGCUUUCUCUAGUUGCAGCGAGCGGGGGCUACUCUUUGUUGUGGUGUGUGGGCUUCUCAUUGCAGUGGCUUCUCUUGUUGCGGAGCAUGGGCUUAGUUGCUUUGUGGCAUGUGGGAUCUUCCCAGACCAGGGCUGGAACCUGUGUCCCCUGCAUUGGCAGGUGGAUUCUUAACCACUGUGCCACCAGGGAAGCCCUGUUUGUAGAUUUUUUGAUGAUGGCUGUUCUGACUGGUGUGAGGUGAUACCUCAUUGUAGUUUUGAUUUGCAUUUCUCUAAUAAUUAGUGAUGUUGAGCAUCUUUUCAUGUG